CAGCUCCUCUCCACACCAACCUGGUCAAUCCGCACCCUUCUCCCCAGCACAGAAGAACCCCCCUCCCAGGCCUCUUCAUCCCCAAACAAAACAACAGGAGAACAAGAAGAAGACAGAAUAAACCUCGCCCACCUCCUCCGCCUCUCCGCCCUGCCGCAACCCGCCUCGGCGCAAGAAACGUCGCGCAUGCUGGCCACGCUGCGCGCCCAGCUGAAAUUCGUACGCGACAUCCAGCAGGUCAACACGGAGGGCGUGGCGCCGCUGCACUCCAUACGCGACGAGACGGCGGAAGGGCGGCGCGAGGCGACCAUCGACUUGUCGACUCCCCAGAUCCAGGAGGCGCUAGCGCGCGAGGAGCAGUAUGGGCGGUGGAAGAGGCCGAGGCGGAGAAAGUCCGGGGGUAGUAAUGGGGAUGCUUUGAUCGUGAAGGAGCAGGAGCAGGAGGGCUGGGAUGUGCUUGGGUCGGCGGCGAAAAAGGUCGGUAGGUACUUCGUUGUGCGAAGC